GUCGGCGCUGAGCUCUCCCCUCAGCGGUAGCAGGAGGGGAAGCCUCUCACGAACAAAUGGCGUCCCUCCAGUGCGGAGCAGCUGAUUUCCUACCGAGCACGGCAGCACGAACGGUGGAGAGGUAAACACACCGCCCCCGGAAUUCUUUGCAACAAGAUAGCCUCUUGCAUUAUGCGGGAUUCGUGUAGCAGUGACGGCUGUACGUUGCGCACUCUUCAGUAAUCGACAUAAGACCGUUGUUCCGGGCGUAGCUAGCCUACAAACACUCCUACUGCCAUGCACAACAGAUAGGAGGGUGUCAGCUGCAGCUUGUGCUUCCCUCUGGUUUGCUUGUUUAUCUUCGCUGCUUCCCACCUCGCCGUUGGUGUUAGUGUUUCACCAGGGCCUGAUCUCAGGCGCUCUAGGCAACAGUAGCAGGUCAAAUGUUUCCAUCCCGACUUUGGAGGGACACAUAAUGAACAUGGGCAUCCCCCCUUCAGAGAUAUCCUCCGCCUGACCGGUUGGCCGUCUCUUCGUUAAUCCCAUUCGGGAGAUCAUCUUUUCAACCCUUGGCUGAGGUUACACCAUCAAGACGGCGUUAUCACAGAAAGCCAGCUCUGUGGCGGUGAAGAUGACCACGGCACGGUACCGUCCCACCUGGGAGCUGGCCGUGGACCCCCUGGUCUCAUGUAAGCUGUGCCUUGGAGAGUUCCCUCUGGAGCAGAUGACCACCAUCACACAGUGCCAAUGUGUCUUCUGUACACUGUGCCUGAAGCAGUAUGUGGAACUCCUGAUUAAAGAAGGCCUUGAAACUGCAAUUAGCUGUCCAGACUCUGCCUGUCCCAAAAGAGGACACUUGCUGGAAAAUGAGAUUGAGUGCCUGGUGGCCACAGAGAUGAUGCAGAAAUACAAGAAGCUUCAGUUUGAAAGGGAGGUGCUGUUGGACCCAUGCCGGACGUGGUGCCCUUCCUCGACCUGCCAGGCCGUGUGCCAACUAAAGGAAGCUGAUUCUCCUGCGCGGCCCCAGCUGGUCCAAUGCACCGUCUGUGCCCUCGAGUUCUGCUCGACCUGCAAGGCCAACUGGCACCCCGGACAGGCCUGCCAAGAGAACAACCUGCCCAUUACCUCCUUCCUACCAGGAGAAAACAGCUCUUUCUAUAAGAAUGAAGAAGAUGACGCACCAAUCAAGCGCUGUCCUAAAUGUAAAGUUUACAUUGAGAGGGAUGAGGGCUGUGCACAGAUGAUGUGCAAGAACUGCAAACAUGCCUUCUGCUGGUACUGUUUGGAGUCCCUGGAUGAUGAUUUUCUCCUGAUCCAUUAUGACAAAGGGCCCUGCCGGAACAAACUGGGCCACUCCAGGGCGUCGGUUAUCUGGCACAGAACACAGGUUGUGGGGAUCUUUGCUGGCUUCGGCCUGCUCCUGCUGGUUGCCUCCCCCUUCCUCCUUCUGGCCACUCCCAUUGUCCUCUGCUGCAAGUGCAAGUGCAGCAAAGGUGAUGACGACCCAUUGCCAACCUAAACACGCCAUCAGAGCAGGAUCUGAGAGGCGCUUCAUGGAUGGGCCAUGUUUUUUUUCCUUUUCACCCUUUUACAUUAUUCUCCUCCCACCAGCUUUGAGUGCUUAAUUUGUUUGGGGGCUGAGUCUGCACCAGCCCCAGCCACUUCGGGAUCCAUCGCUCUGCAUGAGAGAGGCAUGGUAGAAAUGCGACCCUACACCUUGGCUUGAAGGGAGGUGAAGGGUAAAUGGUCACAGGAAGUCGGACUUGUCUAAGGACCAUGGUUGUCCGUGUGUUAGAUGUUGGUGGUUUGGAGACGCGAAGGAACUCUGGCCCACAUCAAGUGGUCCUUAGUUGCAGGUAACUGUGGUGUGGUAUUUUGGCGAGUCACUACAAACAAUGGAAAAAUCAAAGUUAACAAAUGCUUUUCUCUUGUAUGAACAAUGUAAUGCAGGAGCCACCAUAGAACUUUUACUUUAUCGCUCUGUUUUGUCAGUUUGUCGAACGCAACAACAGCUUUUCCCCAUCACCACACUCAAUGUAGCUCUACAGAUUCAGUCAGUAGCAUUAGAGUUACGCCACGCAUGUUUGGUGUUCACUUGAUUUGCACACGGAACAUGAUUCUUACGUCAUGCUCAAGACUGAGGUAGAGAUGGGAGGCUGUUGUUACUCAACGCAAUGUAAAGCACGUCCUCUUGAUGAUGUCAAUGUUUUAUAACCUGUUGCUUUUAAUAGAACUGUGCUCAGAGUAGUGUCUAUGUUGUACUUUUGAGUGUUUUCCAAACUGCAAGGUACACUUAAAGGGGAUUGCCACUCAAAUCUAAAACAAUACUAAUAUCUGUGGUCAAGUGACAACAGACACCACUUUUGUUUAACAUUUAGCUUUUUCAUUAUUACCAUCUUUUCAAAUUCGUUCUCUCUCUCUCCAGGUGUGUGUGGGGUCAUAAAUUUCAUUGAUCUUAAAUCCAGAAAUUAAGUGGUACUCCCCUUUAAGUUCAACAUUAAUUUAAAGGACUUUGUGUCUACAUGUUGUGGACCCAUUUUAAUACUACACUAAAAAGAUGUCACUCCUGUAAUUGUCAGUCCCCAGGUGGUGGUUUAGCCAAAUAGAAAUGAAUAGCCUUACAUUGAGAUUAGCCAAAAUUCGGCAUUUUCCCCUGUGCAUUAAAGAGUAAAAGCAAAUAAUCCCAGGGAAAGCAUGUUCAACAGCAUUUAGAGCAUUACAGACAGGUUAGUGAAACCCUUUAUAUUCAGAGGAUUCUAUGAUGUCAUCCAUAUGCCACACUGUUAAUAGCCAUACAGUAAACAAAAAGAUAAAUUAAAAACAAACUAAACUGUCCUAAACUGAUGUUUUGUGUGACCUAGAGCCUGUAUUUCCUAAGCCUUUUUGAGCAGGAGAGCUGCAUCAUAAGAUACAAUCUUUAGCUUAACUCAGAUCAGAUCACCCACUUUGAGAUUUAACAAUACCUGGCCAAAUUGCAAACUUGCAUAUGUUAGUGGUCCGAGUGUUGGUCGUUAGACCUCCAACAACAAGCAGCUAUUCCCUGCAGUAAAUAUAAAAAGUUCUGUUUUUGGGCACAUAAUUAUAAAGCUGCUUUGUAAUAUAUCACUUUAUCUAUGCAAGUUUGUACAUUACCAUUCUUAAAAGGCUGGUGAUUUAUCAAACUGUCUGUCAUAAGUAGGUUUAUAUAGUGGAAGCUGUAGAAUGAAUCACCAUAUAUUUGCAUAUCAUAGAUUUUAUUUAACCAGGGAGUUUUUCCUGAAACUAUUCAUAUUAUUUCAUUUUCUAUGUUGCUGUUAACCAUCUGUCUUCAACCUAUAUUUAAUGUUUGUGAGCUUGAAAACCAGGACAGAGGUUGGUCAUUGUUAAUUUUUUUUGGGGUAUCUUUGCUUCACAAAAACAGUUUCUCUGUUAAGUAAGUAAAGGAACAAAGGUGAAACUAUUUAGUUAUAAACUAAUUAUUUUAGUAUGUUUGCCUUUUGUUCUGUUAAUCUUUUUUGUUACCAAUCAUAGCCAUUCAAAUGUUUCAAAAAGCCAUUUACUACUGCUUAGUUUCCCUUUUAUUCUGGUGUGAUUGCCAGUGUUUAUGUAGCAUUUCAUGAGAAGUGUGGCUGCAGUUACCAAAACAGUUCAAUAGUAAACAGUAGCUAAUCUAAGCUAAACAGUAAGCUGCAACUCACUCCAGUACUGAUAAAUUCAGCCAAUAUUCACUAUGAGAAUCGUAAUUAUUAGCAGCCUUACAUUUUGAGUACCUUAGCUGCAGCCUGGUUUGUCAUCAGUCUUGUCACCUACUGUAUUAGCAUGAUAAUUUGAUAUCAAAGCUAGUCCAAUUUUCUACUUUUGAAGUUUGGUGCUUUCCUCCAAAAAAUAGGUAAAUUCCUCCAGCUUUUGUUGUUUUUAUGACAAUCGUGCCAAGCAGAUUUCCUGGAAGGGAUAAGUAAAUGGAGCUGUCAACUGUAUGUGCAUUUUUGACCAUGUAUUUGUAAUGUAUUAAGAGUUUUUACAAGGCGGAAAGCUAUUUUAAUGCUUCUUUAUGUAAACGCUGCACUGUAUAUGGGUUUUAUUGUUUGACUUAAUAUGAUCUGUGAUGUUUAUGGUAUGGUGCCUGCUGUGUUUAACAGAGGAAUUUAGCAGCUGAAAUCAAUGUCUACUCGAUAGAUAAGUCAAUACAUAUGAGAUAUUGCAACUAUAUUUCCAAAGGGGGUUUCACAAUUUCAUGUUAAUAGGUCUCUGAUAUCACCAGAAUUAAGAUUAAUUUUAGGAAGACCAACAAUUUUCAUUUAAACACAAAUCUAUCACCAUUAUCCAAAUCUUGAGUGGGGACAAACUAACUAAAGUCAAACAAAAUCAUGGCCACUUCCUUUUUUACACAACAUUCUCCUUUAACGGUUUGCUGGCACCACUGGACAGGUAGAUACUGUGUUAUGCAACAAACAUAAAAGGGCCAAACAGCAAACAUUACAAUCACUGCAGUGAUUUCUGUUUUCUAAAUGAGAGGCUUAUCAGGCCUCAAUAUAAAGGCUUAUAUACACAAUUAAACAUCAGCACAGGUGUUGAAAUAGGACAGUUUGACAGAGUUAAGGGCUUGCUUCUAAGAUAUGGCCCUUGAAUGAGAAGUUUAUUUUACAAAAGCUCACAAUCUACGCUGAAACUAGCCUAAGAUCAAGUAUGAUUACGAGCAGCAAUUUAUAUUUUAUAACCGGUUGUGUCAAGAGAUAAAGCUGCAUGAUUUUUCUCUGACUUCUACAUGUUAAAUGUUACAAAAUUGUAGCCUCUAAAGAUCUAUCUUCAUCACUCAGCUGUCUGGUUUUUACUUUUUGGUAGUUUGGGAAAAUAUGUUUUGAUGUUCCGCCAUAUGAUAUACAACGUUGGUCGGCCUUUCUCAAUUCCAGUUGGUUCAGGUUGGCAUUCUAUGUUUGUUACACUUUGUUUGUUUUCUUUUUAUAUGCCCAUUUCACGUCAGUUUGUUGUAUUUGCAUUAUCUGUUUUAAGAGUGGAUAUCUUCAGGCCUGAUUGGUCAAUUACCUUUUUAAUCAGUCCCCUACAUUUUAAUCAGUCACCUCAGUAUGUGGAUUAUUGUCAGACGAAAUGUUGUCUGUAUGCAAGACUUCUGUAAUUUGAGGUGUUAAACAAUGUCUAGAUUAGUCAGUAAUUAAACGUUAAUUGACCUGGUUGAUACAGAGAUAUCAACAUUGUAAAAUUGGAUCAGUUCUGUACAACUUGACUUGGCAUCUCAGUACAUCUACAGUUCCACUAACACUGUGACACCAGGUAUUAAAGGUUGUUGUUUUUUGUGA